UCAACUUCUACACGCGAAAAGUGACAGCAGCCACGAUCAGUCGGGGAAAACAGAUUGCUUGUGUCCAUAAUUAGCUGUUUUAGCUUUCAAAAUAUAAACGCUCACUAUUCAUAUUUAAGUGGCACGUUUUUUAAUUUAUCUAAGAUGGUGUUUUACUUCACAAGUGCCGUGGUGAACCCUCAGUACACAAUCUACAUGGGAAAAGACAAAUAUGAGAAUGAGGAUCUAAUAAAGUAUGGGUGGCCUGAAGACAUCUGGUUUCAUGUUGACAAACUGUCUUCGGCUCAUGUGUAUCUGAGAGUGCCACAGGGUCAUACGAUACACGACAUUCCCCCCGAGGUGCUGAUAGACUGUGCACAGCUGGUGAAAAACAACAGCAUCCAAGGAUGUAAGAUGAACAACAUCAAUGUGGUUUACACACCGUGGGCCAACCUGAAGAAAACCGGAGAAAUGGACGUUGGACAAAUUGGCUUUUUCAGACAGAAAGAGGUGAAGCUCGUGGCGGUGGAGAAGAAGGUGAAUGAGAUCGUAAACCGCCUGGAGAGAACUAAAGAUGAACGAUACCCCGACCUGGCGGCAGAGAAAGAGUCGAGAGACCGAGAGGAGAGGAACGAGAAGAAAGUUCAGAUCCAGGAAGAGAGGAAGAAGGAGAAGGAUGACGUGAGGAAGAGAAAAGAGAUGGAUGAACUGAAGCACUAUACUUCAUUGUUGGUGGAUGAAAACAUGCAGACUAAUGAGGAUGGCAAUGAUUCAGACGACUUCAUGUGAGAGGAUUAAACGCCGGCAGCAAGCAGACUCUUCUUCAGUCCUCUCCUGCUGCUUCCGCUUGCUGUUACUCUGCACUGACAUUGAAAUAUAACAACAAAGACAAACGGAUACCUUUUUGCUUGUGGAGCAGAGCGCAGCCAAUGACAGGACAGUGCCGGGGAUUUAUUCCACAUGCUGAUUGGUUCAGACACUGCUUUCAAAACCAAUCGCGUGUCUUCAUGAGAGAUGACACUGGAGAGGAAACACAGGACGACAAAAAUGCUGCGGAUCAUUUCGGUUGGAAAACACUCAAAUUGCAAAACCGAUGUUGAUGUACGAUUAAACUAUUGGUCCUAUGUUUUAAUAACCCUGCAAACCCUUCUGUUCUUUAUGUGUUCAUUCAUCUUCAUGUACUAAUGUGUUCAAUACAAUUCAAUGUACUCACAGUUAUAGAUUAAGCUUGACAUCCACUAACUGCAGAAGCAUGGUGUCCUGAAAGUUUUUAGUUUAUUUUAAAGAAUGUAUGCACAAAUGUAUGUCUACAUCUAAUGGUUAUUCUUUCCUAUAUAAAGCCUGUCACAUUUCCCAUGUCCUUGCUCUUCAAAAUGAUUAUUCUGUCAAACUAAAUGUCAAAAAUCCAAAUAAACUACAGUUUACAAUCAUUA